GGCGGGGGAGAAACUGAGAGAGAGGCAGGAAGAGCGAGCGAGCGAGCGGGCGCUGUGAGGAGACGCUAAAAGACCAGGCCGCCGGGCCUGAGGGGAGAGAGAGAGAGACAGACACCAUUUGUAUCUGUAUAGAAGACACUAUUUUUAUUUAAUUUUUUUCUCUCAAUAUAACCCUCCAUAUUCUCGGCCGCCGCUUCCAAGCCAUGGAGGCCAAUUGGACCGCGUUCCUCUUUCAGGCACAUGAAGCAUCGCAUCACCAACAGCAAGCAGCGCAGAACAGUUUGCUUCCUCUCCUAAGCUCUGCCGUUGAGCCCCCUGACCAGAAACCAAUUUUACCCUUACCGAUAACACAAAAACCUCAGCCCCCACCAGAAACGCUAAAAGAUACCAUUGUCGGGAUUAAAAAGGAGAAACCGAAAACUUCCUUUGUGUGCACGUACUGCAGCAAGGCCUUCAGGGACAGCUACCAUUUGAGGCGUCAUGAGUCCUGCCACACAGGGAUAAAGUUAGUGUCACGGCCAAAGAAAGCUCCUGCCACGAUGGUGCCCCUAAUCUCGACCAUCGCAGGUGACAACAACCGGUCAACGCUGGUUUCGACCAUUGCAGGUAUCCUGUCGACUGUCACUACGUCUUCCUCCGCCACCAACCCAAGCAGCAGUGCUGGUGCCACAGCCAUGCCAGUGACGCAGACUGCAAAGAAGCCUAGCAAGCCUGUCAAAAAGAAUCAUGCCUGUGAGAUGUGUGGCAAGGCCUUCCGUGACGUCUACCACCUCAACCGGCACAAGCUGUCCCACUCGGACGAGAAACCUUUUGAGUGCCCAAUUUGCAACCAGCGUUUCAAAAGGAAGGACCGUAUGACCUAUCAUGUGAGGUCUCAUGAGGGUGGCAUCACCAAACCUUACACCUGUGGUGUUUGUGGAAAAGGCUUUUCGAGGUACCAUGUAGAAAAUCCCAGGCCUGAUCACUUAAGUUGUCAUGUCAAACAUGUUCAUUCCACAGAGAGGCCCUUCAAAUGCCAAACCUGCACAGCAGCCUUUGCCACCAAAGACAGGCUGCGGACACAUGUGGUGCGCCAUGAAGGGAAGGUGUCGUGUAACAUCUGUGGUAAACUUCUGAGCGCAGCAUACAUUACCAGCCACUUAAAGACUCAUGGGCAAAGCCAAAGUAUCAACUGUAAUACCUGUAAGCAAGGCAUCAAUAAAAAAUUUGGGUUUUUCAAGCAAGAAAAUCUACAACUCCCUGCUUCAUGCAUGAAUGAAGAGAGCAACAACCAGAAGCAGCAGCAACAGCAGCAGCAGCAGCCACACCAGCAUGUCACAAACUGGCCUGGAAAACAGGUAGAGACCCUGAGAUUAUGGGAAGAAGCUGUUAAAGCAAGGAAGAAAGAAAGUCAACAGACUCUGAGGCCAACUUCAGUCAAGCAAGAAUGUCAGUACAACUUUGAGAAGGCUAUAGAGUACGUACCAUUCGAAGCUGCUAACCUGUGCCAAACAUCCACUGCUGCCACUACGCCUGUGACUCUUUCUACUCCCUUCAAUAUAACCUCCUCAGUGGCGUCUGGGACUAUCACCAACCCAGUCACAGUGGCUGCUGCAAUGAACAUGAGGAGCCCAGUCAAUGUAUCGAGCGCAGUUAACAUCUCCAGCCCGAUGAGCCUAGGCCACCCUGUUACUAUUACCAGUCCAUUGUCUAUGACGUCUCCGUUAACACUCACCACACCUGUUAAUUUACCAACUUCAGUAACUGCUCCAGUGAACAUAGCACAUCCGGUCACUAUAACCUCACCCAUGAACCUCCCGACGCCAAUGACGUUAGCUGGUCCAUUAAAUAUAGCGAUGAGGCCAGUGGAGAGCAUGCCUUUCCUUCCACAGGCAUUGCCAACCUCUCCCCCAUGGUAAACAAACAAACAAAAACUCACAACAGUAUUAAAAAGGAACGAAAAGGAAGUCCUUACCAGCAAUUACCUUUUUGUUUUGUUUGUUCUAAUUAACGGCGGUGAUGAAACCAGACUAAUUCAGCUGGGGCAAAAAAAAUCAUGCACCGUUUUUAUUUUAAACCCAAUUAUAGAAUUUCUGUUUAGUUGGCUGGCUGUUUAUCUAUAUUAUUGGGCCAUGUUGUUUCCUUCAACCUGGCCAUGUUGUUGGAAGAGGAGCUGAUAAGAGUUCAAUCCAGUCUGUGUUUUUUUGUAAAACAUCAGCAUUGCUGAUAGCCCUGGAAAUUACGAAUGAAGAAACGGUUUUAAUCUAAUGAAGAAACAGUUUUAAUCCAAACACUAGAAGGCUCAAAGUAAGGCCCUUUUUAAUUAUCAUAGGGUGGAGAUGGAUCACUUUAACUUGCCAGUUCUGUGUCCCUCCGGUUCAGAAAGUAGUCUAGUAGUGUUGUUUUUUUAACUAAAUGCAUUACGUGGUCCUAUUUCUUUUCUUUUUUAAAAAAAAUGCAUUUUGAGUAAUUAUGCAUUUUACCUUUUGGGAAUAUGAUAAUUUCAGGCCAAAUUCCCUAUGGGAAAAGUGAUACCAGCUCUGAUAUGCAAAGCAUAUGGUAACUUAUCAUUCUACCUUCAACAUAUAAAUAACAAUGGGGAUUGUGACCUGAUAUUUGGAGAUGUAAAUACUACGUGACAUAUUACCCUAAGGGAAAUAUAACAUCAUAGUCAACAUAUUAAAAAGGAAAAAAACUUUAAUGUUUGGCAAGGAAUAGCCAUGGCUGGUGAAGAGGAUUUGAAACCUUUGUGAACAUGGUCUCUGGUCAAAACCCAGUUGGGACUCUUUCUGAAGAGCAAACAGUGGGCUUUGGAACAAUUGCUUUAAGCCAGAAGACUGGAGGUGCUGGGGUAUGACAUACGCAUGCCCCCAUUCUCUCAGUCGGAACCUGCUGAUGUGACAAGGAAAGCAGAUGUUGUUCACUAGAAGUUUUUUGUCUUAUAUUAUAAAACGGUAUACAGUUUUUAUUCUAACCACUAACUAGUUAGGAUACCCCUUCAGGACAAGCCAAGAGUGCAUCUUGUUUUCUGUUUUUGUUUUUUAAAAAAAUUCUUCCCUCUUCCUUAAUCAAGUGUUGUGCAGAUCUUUUCAACUUUGUAAAUAUUUGCAGGACCCCCCCCCAUCAUUUUUACUUUUAGUUAAUUGUGCUAACCCAUAGUUAUCAAUUUGCGGGGGGUUCACCGUAACUGUCUGACCUAUCCAGCGAAGGAGAAAUACCCCUCUCCCCAUGGUCAUUUUUUUACAAAAAAAAUAUAUACAGAUACACAUUCUUUAUUUCUUUCAACUUUUUAAAAUCUGUACAUAAAAAGUUGGAUGGAAAUUGUAGGGAAAAGGUUACUGUUUUAGGCUAUCAUGUCAACAGUCACUUUUUUUCAUCUUUUUUUUUUUAAGACCUACCCUAUAAGAAAGAUGUAAAAGCCAGAAAUCAGAAGAGCAGAGAGGUGGCUUUUGUUUAGAAUGAGGGUGAUGACAAAAGUAGCUAUCAAUAUUUUGAUUUUUAAUGGGAUGCCGGCAAGCCUGAGAGGGUUAAGUCCACUGUUUUUGUGUUAAUAUCCAUCGUGUCAGUGUAAAAGCAACAUACUCCGUACUUUUGAGGCAAAUGUCUGGCAUCAGAAGGAGGAUGCCCAGAUUAUGUGAAAACGGUUCUAGGGGCUUGGACUACAUAGUAAAAAAAAUGGGGGGAAAUAAUAGAAUUUAGUGUAAAAUAAUUUUAUAAAUGACCUUUUGUACCUUAGGACAUCAAAUUGUACAACUUUUGUAUAUAUAAAAGCUUAGAAACUUCCUGUGUAGCAAAAAGAACACAUUCCUACACUUUUAAUGUAUAUGUUUGUUAUAAUGUCAUGUAAACAUAUGCCCCAUGUUUGUGCCUUUUAAUUAGUUUGUCUCAAUAAACAGAAAUGUAGAGA